AUGACCAAUAAAUAUGAUUUGUUGUCUAAGCCAUCGCUGGCCAAUAGAUUAUAUAAUCGCUUGAUUCGUGAGACAAUAUAUCCGACAAUUGCUAUCUUAUUAUCGCCAAUAGUGGUAAUGAUGGCCACGUAUAUUGUGGUCAUCAAAAAUAGUUAUCUUAAGCGUGCACUUAUACCACUGACCACUACCGCAAAGCUAACAGUGCUCGAGGCUUAUCAUUCUAUCAAAUGGUCAGACCUAGAGUGCUGGUCAGUGGUGGGCGGACUUAUACUAUGGGGUAUAAUAUCGUUGCACUUUCCCGGACGCAAAUAUCACGGCCCGCCUACGCCUAAUGGCUACAGACCUGAAUACUGGCACUCGGGCUUUAAAUACUAUAUAAUCUCAAUGAUAAUAAUAUGCCCACUCAUAUGGAAAUACUCGGUAUUGCACUUGUAUUACAAAAUACCGAAUCUCAUGGCUAUACUUAUAUUAUUUGGCAUUAUAUUUGUAUUUAUUCUUUACUUAAAAGGUCUGGUAUUUCCCGAUCCGGGUGUGUGUGAUAUAACAAAGAAUCCGAUAUUUGAUUUCUAUUGGGGUAUCGAACUGUAUCCACAUUUGGGACCUUUUGUCAGUCUAAAGGUGCUGAUAGUGAGUCGCUUUGGUAUGUUUCUCUGGCAAUUGUUGGCACUGGUAGCCUGGAAAGCCAACUAUGAACUGUAUAUAGCCAGUUACAAUCGGGGUCAUAUCAAUUGGCCACUGACCACCAAUGUAUUGCUCACCAGUUUAUAUUUGGCGUUCAAGUUCUACACUGAAGACAAUUAUAUGCAGUCAUUUGAUGCCAUUCACGAUCGGUUCGGCUUUUACUUGGCCUGGGGUUCAAUUGCAUUUCUACCGGGUAUAUACUCACUGAGCAGUAUAUAUCUAGUCAAGCACUCACCUAUGGAACAGUUUGGCCUUUUGUCGGCACUGGUAGUAUUAUGUUUGGGUGCUAUAGCUAUUUACCUAACUUAUUGUGUGGACAGUCAGCGCUCUCAUUGUCGACAGACAAACGGAAAGUGCAAUAUUUGGGGACAACCGGCUAAAGUGAUACGUGCAACCUAUUUGGACAACUAUGGUAUCACAAAACGCACAGUUCUAUUAGCAUCGGGAUACUGGGGUAUAGCCCGACAUAUCAACUAUACGUUUGAAAUAUUGGCCACAUUUGCCAUAUGUUGUCCAUCACUGCUAACAAGUCCCAUACCGUAUAUCCAUUUGGCAACAGUUGUCGCAAUGCUUUUACACCGAACCCAUAGAGAUAACCAACGGUGCGCCAAAAAGUAUGGCUCGCAUUGGAAAGAGUAUUGUCAAAUGGUGUCAUAUAAAAUGAUACCUGGCUUAUUUUAA